AGAGUAUUGAUAUUUUGGAUUUUGCUCAGCUGCUUAUUUGACAGAUCAGGAAUUAUCUCAAAUCAGAUCUACUCGAAAGAAGCAAAACUGUAGAGUUGUAAAAAAACACAAAGAAGUAAAACAAGAAGAAAAAUGACACUAGAAAUUGCAAAGGCUGGAUGGCUGUACCGUCAGAGUACAAUACUCCGUCGUUGGAAGAAGACUUGGUUUGUGUUAUACCAAGAUGGUGACCUUCGAUAUUUUGAGAGUCCCAACAGUCACGAACCUGAGGCCCGAAUCGUAGUAAGGGCUGUUUGUAGUGCUAUACAGGCGGGUCAGUUGUGUGAAAAUUCAGCUCCCGAGGGUAAGACAAAGGAUUGCCUUCUUACGCUGAUCCUUCGUGAUGGAGAACUCCGACUCUGUGCUGAGGACCCAGAUGACAUGAGGGCAUGGCAGAUAGCUCUAGAGGAGGCAAGAGUUCUCCCCCCUGGGUCAGCUGUACACGCUCUACCACCUCCCUACACAGCAGUACCACCUCUCUACACUACCAAUCUAGCUACAGAUCUACGGUCCUAUCCGUACCAGGUUGCUGGUGCCAACAGUGUGGUGUACCCACGACAGCAGGUCCAAUACUAUUACCCAGGACAGGUGAUAUCUACCAACCCUUACACAACAGUUAUGGCCCCACCUGCAAGUCAGCCUGCAAGCAACAUAGUAUAUGUGAACAACUUACAAGAUCAGUACCUGUACGGCCGCCGACGAUACGAUGGAGGUGAUCUGGCCAUGGGCAUGGUAGCUGGGGCCGCCCUAGGAUCCAUGAUGUGGGGUCCAGUCUUAUACUGGUGAGGGGAGACAACUCGUAGGCCACAAUAUAUGGAUCAUUAUAAUGAACUUAGUUUCAUGGCAGAAACCAAUGUAUUGAAGUGUAAACAAUACUUGAUGCAAAUUAUUGAACUUAAUUCCAGAAAUCUUUAUUUUAUAUUAAUACACAGUAUACAGUCUUGGUGCAAAGGAAGUUGAUCUUCUAAUUUUUUGAAUUUUUUUUUCUUUUAUUUUUAUGCUUCUUUUUAGUUAACUGCUGUGGCUGAAGAAAUUCACACUAGAAACUACUGGUAAAUCAUAGUUUUUCAUGGAAAAUUUCAAUUUCAUAUUCUAUUGUAUAAUAUCUAUACAAAAAAACGUUUAAAUGUGUCUUUUAAAUGAAUAGAUAAAUAUAAAUAAACAUUUCAAAAUUCAUGAUAUAAAAAUAAGAAGCAGCAAGCCAUGAAUAAAUCAUAUUCAUUAGUUGAAGUUAGAUUAAUAUAUUAGUAGUCCUUCUCAAAGGAAAUUAACCAAAGAAGUUUGUACAGUCUACAUUUAGAACUGUUAUCUUUACCAAUCGUGGGACAAAACAGAGAAGUUUUAAUUUCCCAUACCAAUGCUAGACAUUCAUAUAUAUAAUAUUUGAUUUAUGUUAAAUAUUACUUAUGUAUAUUUUAGAAAACAAAAUUCCUACUUGUCCGCUUCAAAUUUUGUUGAGAGCUGUAUGUAUGUUUAUUGUCUAUUCAUGUAAUUACCUGUUGGUUAGUUUAGUAAAACGUUUCAUAAUAGAUAAAAGAUGAUAUAUACUCUGUUCUAUUGCGGGUUCCCAAUUCUUGCGGCAACUGAAAAAAACCUUUAAAAUGUGCGAGCAGUUCCUGUUUACAUCAGCCAAGCUGUAUUCAACAAUUAUUGAUGUAAUCAUUAAUCACAAUGUUUAUCAACUAAAUGAUAUACAGUUACGCUUUCCGUCAAAUUCCGCGAGAAAAGGAUACUACAAUAUAUUUCAAAUUUGAAAUAAAAGUUAUAGAAUUCUGUCAUACACUGUAGGACGUAAUGGCUGUGUAGAUGAAAUUGUUAUGAUUUUUUGUACAUAUUUGUAGUUUUGUGUUUAUCCAGUCUUAAAAAGAUGUCUUAUCUGCAAAUAUUAUACACAAUUUGCCA